AUGCUAGAAGUGGGAAAAAUAGAAAAGUCACACAGCACUUGGUGUAGCCCCAAGGCUCCUGUGGUGAAGAAAGAUGGUUGUAUACGGUUCUGUGUUGAUUAUCGCAAGGUGAAUGAAGUGUCACAGUUUGAUGCUUAUCCCAUGCCCCAGGUCAACGAGCUCCUGGACCAGUUAUGCACUGCUCGCUUUUUCAUGGUUCUCGAUUUAACCAAGGGCUACUGGCAGAUUCCCUUGUCUGGAGCCCCUGCCACAUUCCAGCGCCUGAUGGACCGGGUGCUGCAGCUGCAGCUGCUACCGCCUUUUUGGAUGACAUCAUCACAAGCCCAUGAAAUACUGGGAACAGAUAGUCUGCCUGACAUCGAUGAGCCGACAUUAAUCGGAGGUGACAUUGCUAUCAAGCCUGGAGCUGACAGAAACGCUGACCCCUGCACCUCCAGAGGCUGCAUGUGGGGAAAGUGGACUGAUGGGAAAGUCUAUGUCCCAUACUACAUCGCCAAUCACUACUCUUCCCGUGAGAUUGCCAUCAUCACUCGUGGACUAGAGUCCUUCUCUUCAAUUUCCUGCAUUCGUUUCAGACCCUACCAGGACGGCGAUCAUGAGUGGCUGAGCAUCGAGUCCAGAAAUGGCUGCUACUCCUACGUGGGUCGCCAGGGUGGGGGUCAAACUGUGUCUCUAAGCCGUCAGGGCUGUCUUUACCACAGCACUGUCCAGCAUGAACUACUCCACGCCCUAGGCUUCAAUCACGAGCAGACCCGCUCUGACAGGGACAACCACAUCAGGGUGUACUGGGAAAACAUCCUUGAUGACAUGAUCUACAAUUUCUAUAAGAUUGAUACUCUAAACCAGGGAAAACUGCACCCCGGGCAGAUGACCUGCCACCUUGAUGACAUCAAAGCCUACGAGGGAAAAGAGUUGGAUUCGGGGUAUAUUUUGGGUUAG